UGGAAUAUUCGCGAUUGGAUAAUUGUUAUGCGCGAUGAGUAAGGAUUCAGUGGAAAGAAUGACGUGGGAAUGAAAGAGGCGUGGAAAAACUUGGCAUAGUGUUGACGACGCUAGUUAAAAUAGCGUAGACGAAUGAUAUCAUUUGUGUGUGUUUUUAUAUUUCAGUAGGAUAUUAAAAAAGUAUAAAAUCGUCAACAGUAUUGAAGUUUUUAUCGAAUUUGGAAUUUUGGUACAAACUGUUAUAAUUAUUAAUUUGAUAAGUUGCGUGUAUUGUCGAAAUGUCUUUCGUAUCGCCGAUGCCCAACAGAGACUUUUUGUGGGAUGUGUUUAGAAGGGUGGAUAAAGAUUGUUCUGGUUCAAUUACUGCGGAUGAAUUACAACAAGCACUCUCAAAUGGUACCUGGACACCUUUUAACCCGGAAACGGUUCGCUUAAUGAUCGGUAUGUUUGAUAUUGACAAAACUAGUCCUACUUCUUCAGGUAUGUUUGAUAAAAAUCAGACAGGAACUGUUAGCUUUGAAGAAUUUGGAGCACUCUGGAAGUAUGUUACCGAUUGGCAAAAUUGCUUUAGAUCGUUUGAUCGUGACAAUAGCGGUAAUAUUGAUCGUAAUGAAUUAAAAACUGCUCUGACACACUUUGGAUACCGUUUGUCAGAGCAUACGAUAGAUAAUCUUAUACGUAAAUAUGACAGAGCUGGCAGAGGAACUAUAUAUUUUGAUGAUUUUAUACAGUGUUGCGUCGUUCUUCAUACAUUAACUGCAGCCUUUCGACAGCUAGAUACAGACUUGGAUGGUGUUAUCACUAUUCAUUACGAACAAUUUUUGGGUAUGGUAUUUAAUUUGAAGAUUUAAAGUAUGCUCAGAUGCAAAUAUAUGCCUUGCCGUUCAAUGGUUACAAAUAUAAUAUAAUACACAAGUUGCCAAAUAAAUAAUAUUCUAUUUCUACACGUUUCACACAUAAGGAAAAGCAAAACUGUCGACGUUCUUAGGUUAGUCUAAAGAUCGUUUAUCUGUUUCUAUCGAUUCCAAAUAUUCACGGUUUGGUUAUAUAUUUAAGAUCGUUAUUUUUUUGUCCAUUUAUUAUUAUAAUUGUUGUACAAUAUUCCUACUGUGGAUCUAUUUCUACAUCUUUUUAAUAUCCAUGUUUAUGCUUAAAUGAUAAAAUAUAGUAAAAUAUUAAAU